UAUAUUUGUUUGAGUCUAGUCCCAGCUGUGUCUUUUGAUGUGUGUAAGAACGCCCAUUUCGCCAAUCCCCGCACCUAUCCGUUGAUAGCUCUUACCGGUGUGCCUGGAUCUGGGAAUACAUGGACACGAUAUCUACUCGAGAGAGCCUCUGGAUUCUACACUGGCAGUGUUUAUCUAGACAAAAAGCUUUUUGGAGGAGGUUUUAAAGGAGAGUACGCGCGUUAUACGAGUGGGAAGACAAUCAUAGUUAAAACACAUGAUAUGGGAUCAUCACCGACAACGAAUCUAUUUGAGGGAGCAGUUCUCAUAGUCCGAAACCCAUAUGAUACUUUACUUGCUUACGCAAACUUAGUGAGCGCUGGUCAUACGGGAUUGGCAUCUCAUCAAUACUUCUUUUCUUCUGAUUGGGACGCAUUUGUCGAGAGUGCAUCCAUCGCGUGGGAAGAACGCAUCGUAACUUGGGUUACCCGUACCAACGUCAUGGUCGUAUACUUCGAACGACUUCAAUCCCACCUCCGUCAGGAGAUAGUGAGAAUCCUCCAAUUCUUACACGUUCCCAUCGACGAUCACAGACUAGACUGCAUGGUGGCACAUCCAGAAGGAAAUUUUCAUCGUCAGAAAGUGGAAAGUAAUAGGACUUUUGACCCUUAUACGAACAAACACAAAGCAAUAAUUGACAUGCAUGUGAAAUCAACUUCGAAAGUACUCCGCGAAAAUGGAUAUUUAGAUGUGGAUUUGUCAUACUCUGGUUUAUCAAAAUUAGUAUAACAGUUCACGAUUAAAAUUGCAAUUUCCUCAAUUCUUUGGUUAACGUAAGUAAAUGUCAUUCUUUCAGCCCUUUUGAUGGGUUCGGUUUAAUUCUUUGUGAUAUAAAAAAAAAAAAAAUUGAAAUUUUUCCCACAUACGCCAUGCCUGCCCGCCACCCGAAUUUUUGGCUCAUUACAUGACUGUGUACAACACAUACCAAUGAGAGAGACUGUGAUGUCACUAUUUCUUUUGUAUGCCAUUGUUACAACAAACAUGAUUCAAUAUAAAUGAAGAUGCUUCAGUGUUAUCAAAUCUGCAAGAUGUUUAAUAAAAAAUACAUUUCAUGUAAUAGAAUACAAAAAGAUAUAGUGAAUGACAUCAUUGUCUCUUUCAUAUGCAUAUUACCGCGUUGUGCAUAAAUAACUGUUUUCGCGAAAUUAAGAGUGCCAAAUCACACGGUCAAAUCCUUUUAUUUCCUUGUACUAUUCUCAAGAAGACGAGGGCAUGCAUUAUUUUGUGCAAUAAAUACAGUCUGAUUACAUA